AUGCUGUACAACGGCGGGAAUAAGUGUAUCAUUCAAUUCAAGGUAGUGUUCGCAAGUUCAUUUCAGUCCGGUUUUUUGCCCCCAAAACGCGCAACCGUGGACCGCAACCGGUCUAGGACCGAUCCAGAUAUUGAGGGAACUGAACCGAACCACCUAGGACCGGUCUAUUUCGGUCUAUGGAGCCGGUUCAGACCGAUCCAGACCGGUUUUUUUGCGUAUAAUUUAUUAUACCAAUAUAAACCAUUUGUAUCUUGA